UUUCACUUCAGAUUGUCCUCAAGUUUAUUAUCCUUUAUUUUAUUCUGACCACUGAUUAAAUAUGUAUACCAUAUUUAUCCAGUUUCAUAUGAAUUUUGCAUAGACGUAAUCUCAAAGCGUUGUAUUGACAUGCUUAGUGGCUGCUCCAACAUCAACCAUGAAGCUGAGGAGGAGGGUGGCAGCCAGCAGACUGACAUAUCCCCACAGGAUGCUCAAAUACAGAAUCCAGAAGCGUGUAGAUUAAUGGAAGUGAUCGAUCAGCUUAACACAGGUGUGCCAGAUGUUCAUAAGGAGUUUCCGAGUCUAUCCAGAAAAGAAGGCAUUGUUCCAGAGGAAGUGUGGCGUUGGAUUGUGGCAGCUAAAGCUGAUAUGACUCUUAACCCUCAGUCGGCUCACUAUCUUCUCAAAGUGAGCAGCGAUAAUAAAAGUCUCUACCAGGCAUCUUUAAGCAGUCCUCCCCGUGUCCCGACGAACGAGACAUACUUGCUAUGUAGCUGUGUAUCAUCUAAGAACCUGCUGAACACCAGGGCAUAUUUUGCUCUGAAGGUGACGCAGCGUGUGCCGUGGACUCUGGGGCUGCGUACCGAGUCGUUCAAUGCAGACAGGAGCCCUGAUACAGAUCCUAAUGCUGGCAUAUGGACGAUUGCCUCAGCGGAGGGUAAAAUAAUAAUCAAUGACGGUAAAGCCACUCCGACACUGCACGUCACACCGGCUAUGCUUGGUCUGUAUUUGGACUACGCAAGAGGUCAAGUGUCCUUCUACGAUUCGGUGGUUAAACGUCACUUGCACACUUAUCUUACCACCUUUAAAGAAAAACUUCGCUUCUAUGCAGCUGUUCAGGUUGGGCAGCUGGAGACCCAGGACAUGCUCAUUUCAUUUGUUUAACAUGAGUAGGUUAGGUUCGGUGGACUGUUAAUGUUCUUUCAGUUAUAAAUCCAAGCUGCUUUAGUGCCUCUGAUAUGUUCUUUAUCAUUUUGAGCUGUUGGAAUAGAAAAUGUAAUAUUAAAUAAAAGUGUACUUUAACCUUUAAACUACAACUGAAAAUCUAUUAAUGCAUAAAGUUCAUAAAAUAUCAGUCUCUCUCUCUCUCUCUCUCUCUCUCUCUUUCUUUCUCAUAGACACACACAUCUUUUUUUUUUCCAACUCUCCCCUGUGGAAGAUACUACCCUUGAACCUUGAUCACCUUAUUUGUGUGAAUGUUGUAAU